AGUCAACAGUCUCUCUUCCAUGCCACCCCUUGGCCAUGGUAUAUAAAGGCCCUUCAUGGGCCUCUUACCAACUCACCAAGCUCAUCUCAGUCUUCUCUCUCUCUCUCUGAUAUUCUGCAAUAUUCUCCAUUUUCCCAUUUCCUGCUUUUGAUCUGCACCUUCAACAAAACACUUCGCAGAAAUGAAGAAAGUGAUCUUGAAGGUGUCCUUGCUUGAGGAAAGCAAGAAACGAAGGGGCAUGAAGUCAGUCUCUGGUCUUCAAGGUGUUGAAUCAAUCUCCAUGGACUCGAAGGACCAGAAAUUGACCGUGAUCGGUGACAUCGAUCCGGUUGAUGUAGUCAGCAAGUUGAGGAAACUCUGCCACACGGAAAUAUUAUCUGUUGGACCAGCAAAAGAGGAGAAGAAGAAGGAAGAGCCUAAGAAAGAAGAGCCAAAGAAGGAUGACAAAAAGAAGGAUGAUGAGCUUCUGAAGGCCUACCAAGCCUACUUCAUGGCCCAUGGCUACUACCCGGCGGCUCAACAACAUUACUUUGUCAGAAGCGUAGAGGAGGAUCCGAAUGCUUGUGUUAUUUGCUGAUUCUUGGAUCUUAGAAGAAUUAGAUUGGAGCAUAAAUAAAACCAAAAAAAAAAAAAAAAAGGAUAAAGGUGGGUGUUAAUGAAUUUAUAUCGUUUUUGUUAGUUAAAAGGUUCAUGUUCAAGAAGACAUCACUGAGAGAGGCCUUAUGUACAGGUGAUGCGUGUUAAUGUUUUUUUGUUGGUUGUUUGGAGUGCUACAUAUAUUUUUUUAAGUGGUUUUUACUUCAAUGGAAAGACUAGUAAUUUCGAGUUGUUCUA